GUUAUUAGUCUGGGUGCCAGAGAUAAGAUGAUCUUGGUGUUGACAGCAAUGUUCCCCAGGCUCCUGGAGACCCCUUACUGGUGACUUGCCGAGAAAAACGGCGCUAGGACCCCUCGGGCAGAGCCGGGGGGAAGUUAGACUAGAGGGAAAUGCCUUACAAGGUCCCCCGCGGUCACAAUCUGAGCCCGCUGCCCAAAAUAGCCCUUGGCAUGAGCUGGCUGGCUUCAUGGCGUGGAGAUGGCUGCUCCCUCCGAACACGUAAGACUGGGUGGCCCACGGAGCCCUGCGCGCCCGGAGCCCCCUCCCACCCGUUUCCACCAAGUGCAUGGAGCCAAUAUCCGCAUGGACCCGUCGGGGACGCGAGCCACACGCGUGGAGAGUUUCGCCCACGGUGUGUGCUUCAGUCGCGAGCCCCUGGCCCCCGGCCAGGUAUUUCUAGUGGAGAUAGAGGAAAAAGAGCUGGGCUGGUGCGGGCACCUACGUCUUGGCCUGACCGCUCUGGACCCAGCCAAUCUGACCGUUGUACCCGAGUUUUCACUGCCUGACUUGGUGAGCCUUGGCCACAGCUGGGUCUUCGCUAUCACACGCCACCACAACCGUGUGCCCCGGGAAAGCCAACCAGAAGCAGAGGCAGCGGUUCCCGGCGGUCCCCAAGCUCUAUUGGUUGAACCCUAUCUGUGCAUCGAGCAGUUCCGAAUUCCCCGGGACCGUCUGGUGGGUCGCAGCCGGCCAGGGCUUUAUAGCCACCUCCUAGAUCAGCUCUAUGAACAAAACGUGCUGCCUCCCACAGCGCGCCGGAGCCGCCUGGGUGUUCUCUUCUGCCCCCGUGAGGAUGGGACCGCCGACAUGCACAUCAUCAUCAACGGCGAGGAUAUGGGCCCCAGCGCCCGGGGACUGCCAGCUGCUCGGCCCCUCUACGCUGUGGUAGAUGUGUUUGCUUCAACCAAGAGUGUACGCCUGGUCCAGCUGGAGUAUGGCUUGCCGUCUCUGCAGACGCUGUGUCGUCUAGUGAUCCAGAGAAGUGUGGUACACAGGCUGGCCAUUGACGGGCUCCACCUGCCCAAAGGACUGAAGGACUUCUGCAAGUGGCUGGACUCCAGGCCUGGUCCCUAAGCCUAACCAUAAUGUCUUCAAGAAGUUAAAAACAUUGACACGUGGGUCUGCCCCUGGGAUCGAAGAUGGAGUAAGGCCCGUCCUAGAGCCUGUGCUGGCCACCCGUGACCUGGACCAAACAUGCCAUUUUUCAGAGGCCAAGAGAUAAGAAUAUAUUUGUCUAAGAACAAAUAGCAAAUGAAUAUUUAUUUAUUUGGAGAUAGGGAAUUUGCUUUGUAGACCAGGCUGGCCUCAAACUUGAGAUCUGCCUGUCUCUGCCUACAGAACGCAGCCAUUAAAGGUGUGAGAGCCAC